AUGAAGUCGGUUCAGCGAAAGUUCGGCACGCUUAUGAAGCGCAGUGAGAACGAGCAGGAUGUCCAGGUGGUGCUGGAGCAGUUCAAGGCGGUGGAUGAUAUGCUGAACAGAUUGAUCAAGGACGUCAAGGAUUGGCAGCGCGGAUGGGAGGACGUUCUCAAGUUCCAGUACGAUGCGUCUGAGGCCUUUGCCAACAUCUACAAGCCCAUCGAGCCUACCAGCGACCCCGAAAUGCGCCAUCAGCCUGUGGACACGCCAGCAAAGUUCAUGCAGAAGUGCCUAGGCCUGCAGAAAGAGUAUGAUGCUGAGAGGACCGACCUGGCCCAGGAGAUUGCUAUGAUCUCGACGAAGUGUCUUCGGCCAGCGGAGGAGGCUAAACAGCAUACCAAAUUGCUGCACAAGACCUUAAAACAUCGGGAGAACAUGAAGUUAGACUAUGAGCGGUAUUUGAGCCGAGCCGAGCAUUUGAGGAAGAAGGAUCAGCGAAAUGCGAAAGACGAGCAGGCGUUGGCAGUACAUGAGGGCAACUUGGCUCAGGCUCAAAUCUCCUAUGAGACGGCGGACGAUCAGGUCAAGCAGACGUUUCCGCCUUUGACGUCAGCGAUUCUGAGCCUGCUGCCGUAUUUACUGGCGAACCAGGUGAUGCUUCAGACAACACUCGUUGGACAGCUGUACACAGUCUUAGAUGCUUAUACACGAAAGUUCGGCUUCCCAAACCCAGGACCCUCCACCCCCGAGAUCAUCAGUGCUUGGGAAAGCGAAUUUUCGGCGCUCAGACAGGAGCUCGAGGGCGGUCUGUCGGUCAUUGCUGGUGGCAAGGCUGUCCACCAAUCCAUGAGCCUCCCGGAAAAGGAUAAGAGUACUGUGACCGGGCUCGGCAUCCGCAACAAGGUCACCAGCAAAGUCACAAACCGGAAAGAAAGUGGUCCAAUCACCAACAGGCCAGCGAUCACUGCUUCCAACAGCUCUUCAUCAGUACCCCAGCAAGAGCAAUACGAGCCUACGCCGCCGAAACCACCACGACCGGGCGGCAUUCCUGCACAGCCUGGAUUCUCGCCCAAUGUCGCCUACUCACCCAGCAUUUACUCACCUACCGUUCCCGCAGUCUCACCUGGCAUCAAUUUCGCGAGCAAACCGAAGCUGAGCCCUGUACCCAGCCACGACAGCUACGAGAAGCCUCCACCGCCAUACGGCUACAACCCAACCGCUAUGCCUCCGACACCAUCUGGAUUCGCGCCUAGCGCCGCCACUCCACCAUCCCAAUACCAGACACCCGCCAACGGAUUGUCACCGAUGCCUUCUGGACCGUCAGACUACUUCGGCCAACGACGGACUUCACAGGCAUCGUCCAUCGCCUCAACGCCAUCGGCACUUGCGGCUGGGAAGAAGAAGCCUCCGCCUCCGAUCCCGACGAAGCGUAUACCGAGCCAGCCGAUUCAGUACGUGACUGCACUGUUCGACUUCGAAGGGCAGAAUCCGGGUGACCUGGCAUUCAGGGAGGGUGAUCGGAUCAAGGUGGUCAGGAAGACAGACUCUAGGGAUGACUGGUGGGCUGGGGAAUUGGCAGGGAAGACCGGCGAGUUCCCGGCAAAUUAUACGACUUGA